GGCCCCGGAGUGCGGGAGCGGCACGGCGCGGGCUGGGGGCUGCCGGUUCCCCCGCUCACCGUCAGCCCUGAGGCCGGCCCGAGCCCUUAAAUAGGGAGGCAGGAGGCAAGCGGCGCCGUGAGUCCCUCCCCGCGCCUCGGCACAGGACGAGGGUCUGUGUGUGUGUGUCCCCCCGCCGCCACCGCCAAGCCGCCGCGUCGGCGAGGGGAUGUCCCGGCGCUGCGGGAGAAGGGUUCCGGCGGCCUAAGGUGGGGGGUAGGACACCACAGCCCCCCCCUCCCCCCAUUCGCCCCGUCCCCUACAUCCUGUGAGCCUCGGCCGGGGGCAGAAGGAUCCAAGCAGGUGGUGGGACGCAAGGGCUGGCCGCUGCGCUGGGUGACGGCUCCUGGACCCCUUCCGUGGUGCAGAGAGUCAGAGAGUGGCAGUAGCAGCAGGACCUGCUUUGGUGCUGAAGAGCUGACAGUCCCAGACACCCACCCUUGCUCCCCACCAUGCCAUCCAGUGGGAGCCUCGACACCAGCAGCCCUACUUCAAACCGUGAAGCACUUGACACGCACAAGGGGGAAGAGGAGCCUGAGGAGAACCAGAGCAAGGAGGAGAAGCAGGAGCCAGGGACGCCCAUGAGGAAAGCCGGGCGGCCUGGGCGGAAGCGCAAGCAUGCCCAGGUGGAAAGCAGUGACACCCCCAAAGACAUCGCAGCCGUCCCCAAGUGCCCCCCACCCUGCCCAGAGGCCAGCCCUGCCGAGCCGCUGCCCAACGGUGACGUGGAAGGGGACAGUGCCCAGUGGAAGGGCGCAGAGGAAGGUGGCACGAGCCCCAAGGGCGGUCGCCCGGAGGAGGACGAGACGGAGAGCCUGCCCGACGGCGAGACAGGCCGGACGCUGGAGAACGGCCGCUGCACCCCCAAGGAGGGCAUGGACGCCCCGGCCGAUGAGGGUGAGCUGGCCCCUUCCGAUCCCCAGAAGAAACGUGGGAGGAGGAAACUCCUGGAAGCCGCAGAGAAAAGCAAGGAAGAGAAGGAAGAAAACAACUUCGAUACCCUGAAAAUGGAGGGCUCCCGCGGGCGGCUGCGUGGGGGGCUGGGCUGGGAGUCGAGCCUGCGGCAGCGGCCCAUGCAGCGCCACACCUUCCAGGCUGGGGACCCCUACUACAUCAGCAAGAGGAAACGGGACGAGUGGCUGGCACGCUGGAAGAGGGAGGCAGAGAAGAAGGCAAAGGUGAUUGCCGUGAUGAACGUGGAGGAGACACAGCGGACCGAGCCCCAAAAGGAGGAGGAGGCCAGUCCCCCCGCCUCACAGCAGCCCACUGACCCUGCCUCCCCUAAUGUGGCCACCACACCUGAGCCAGUGGUGGCCGAUGCUGUUGACAAGAACACCUCCAAGUCAGCUGAUGAUGAGCCUGAAUACGAGGAUGGCCGGGGCUUCGGCAUCGGCGAGCUGGUGUGGGGCAAGCUGCGUGGCUUCUCCUGGUGGCCUGGGCGCAUUGUUUCCUGGUGGAUGACAGGCCGGAGCCGGGCAGCCGAGGGCACCCGUUGGGUGAUGUGGUUUGGGGACGGCAAGUUCUCGGUGGUUUGUGUGGAGAAGCUGCUGCCACUCAGCUCCUUUGCCAGCGCCUUCCAUCAGGCCACCUACAACAAGCAGCCCAUGUACCGCAAAGCCAUCUACGAGGUGCUGCAGGUGGCUAGUAGCAGAGCAGGGAAGAUUUUCCCAGCAUGCCCCGAGAACGAUGAGACUGACACCUCCAAGGUGGUGGAGAUCCAAAACAAGCAAAUGAUUGAGUGGGCCCUGGGUGGUUUCCAGCCCUCUGGACCCAAGGGCCUGGAGCCCCCUGAAGAGGAGCGAAACCCCUACAAAGAAGUUUACACGGAGAUGUGGGUCGAGCCGGAGGCAGCUGCCUACGCACCACCCCCACCCGCCAAGAAACCCAGGAAAAGCACAACGGAGAAACCCAAGGUCAAGGAGAUCAUCGAUGAGCGCACCCGAGAGCGACUUGUUUAUGAGGUCCGGCAGAAGUGCAGAAACAUAGAAGAUAUCUGCAUCUCUUGUGGGAGCCUCAACGUGACCCUGGAGCACCCUCUGUUUAUUGGAGGAAUGUGCCAAAACUGCAAGAACUGCUUCCUGGAGUGCGCGUACCAGUACGACGAUGACGGCUACCAGUCCUACUGCACCAUCUGCUGCGGGGGCCGUGAGGUGCUCAUGUGUGGCAACAACAACUGCUGCAGGUGCUUUUGCGUGGAGUGUGUGGACCUGCUGGUGGGCCCAGGGGCGGCCCAAGCUGCCAUCAAGGAGGACCCCUGGAACUGCUACAUGUGUGGCCAUAAGGGGGUCUACGGGCUGCUGCGGCGGAGGGAGGACUGGCCCUCACGCCUUCAGAUGUUCUUCGCCAACAACCACGACCAGGAGUUUGACCCACCGAAGGUGUACCCACCGGUGCCAGCUGAGAAGAGGAAGCCCAUCCGAGUGCUCUCACUCUUUGAUGGCAUCGCCACAGGUUGGUGGGGGUCCCCAGAGACCCUUCUUGGGGCAUUUGGGACCAAUGAGGGGGUCAGGAUGGGGGGUGGGGGGCCGUUGCCCACUCCAGUCUCGUUCUCCACAGGCUUACUGGUGCUGAAGGACCUGGGCAUCCAGGUGGACCGCUACAUUGCCUCUGAGGUGUGUGAGGACUCCAUCACUGUGGGCAUGGUGAGGCACCAGGGCAAGAUCAUGUACGUCGGGGACGUCCGAAAUGUCACUCAGAAACACAUACAAGAGUGGGGCCCCUUUGAUCUGGUGAUUGGGGGCAGCCCUUGCAAUGACCUCUCCAUCGUCAACCCAGCCAGGAAGGGGCUCUAUGAGGGCACCGGGCGGCUCUUCUUCGAGUUCUACCGCCUGCUGCAUGAGGCCCGGCCCAAGGAGGGUGACGACCGGCCCUUCUUCUGGCUCUUUGAGAACGUGGUGGCCAUGGGCGUGAGCGACAAGAGGGACAUCUCCCGCUUCCUGGAGUCUAACCCUGUCAUGAUCGAUGCCAAAGAAGUGUCUGCAGCGCACAGGGCGCGGUACUUCUGGGGGAACCUUCCUGGGAUGAACAGGCCACUUGCGUCCACAGUCAACGAUAAGCUGGAGCUGCAGGAGUGCCUGGAGCAUGGCAGGAUAGCAAAGUUCAGCAAGGUGCGAACCAUCACCACUCGCUCCAACUCCAUCAAGCAGGGCAAGGACCAGCAUUUCCCUGUCUUCAUGAACGAGAAGGAGGACAUCCUGUGGUGCACAGAGAUGGAGAGGGUCUUCGGUUUCCCGGUGCAUUACACGGACGUGUCCAACAUGAGCCGCCUGGCCCGGCAGAGACUGCUCGGCAGAUCCUGGAGCGUGCCGGUGAUCCGCCACCUCUUUGCUCCCCUGAAGGAAUACUUUGCCUGCGUUUAAGAGAGAAAGAGAGAGACAGGCAGGAGAACUGGUGACGCGCAGAGCAAGUUGGAAACAAAACCAUCCACGCCAAGAGAAGUGACAACACGGAAUGAGAGAAGAGUCAGCACCCAGAAGAGAGAUGGGAUUUCGCAGCCCAGUGGGAACCCAGCACACGACGUCUCCCCAAGCGAAAGGGUUCGGUGUCCUCUCCUGAAUUUCCAAUGUUCAGCUUUUAGCCUAUUGAAAAGGAAAAAAAAAAAAAAAAAAGGCAAACAAACAAAACAAAACAAAAAACAACCAACCAACAUAAAUGACAAAAAAACCCAACCUAAACGAGAAAAAAAACAACAA